AAAUCAGUGAUAUCAUGUGUUUGGGUGGCAUAAAAUGGUGUGCUCUUGAAACAGUUCGAAGUUUUUAGUGUAGUUUAUUAGGAUUUACUGAUAAAAGGUAGUGUAUAAAUUAACUGAAAGCAACUAGACAAUGUCACCAGAAAGAUCGAAUUCACCACAAAGCGACGUGGCGUUAACGCCGAAACUAUCGGUACCGGGCAGUCCUGUAGCCGGCACUCCAAUCCAGGACGCCACAUCCCCAUUUUCGUUCUUGCUGGCGGUCGCCCAAAGCCAGAGCAAAAUCACCGACGACGAUUUAACCAGUUUGUCCUGGUUGCAAAACAGAGACCUCUUAAAAGACAUGAACAUAAACCCAUCUCCUUCGAGCAGCAUGAACAGCACGCCGGUGAAACACCAGACGCCCGAGUCAUCGGACGGCACCCCACCUGAAGCAGCGGCGCCGUCCCCGUACACCAACAGCUUCACGCCCAAGAACAAACAUCCGCACAACAUACCGUACGACCCGCUCGUGCACACGAACAACAAACCACCGUACUCGUUCAGCUGCCUCAUUUUCAUGGCCAUCGAAGACUCGCCGCAAAAAGCGUUGCCCGUCAAGGAGAUCUACGCGUGGAUCCUGGAACACUUUCCGUAUUUCAAAAACGCACCUACCGGCUGGAAGAACAGCGUGCGCCACAACCUGUCCCUGAACAAGUGCUUCCAGAAGGUCGAAAAGGCCCCGAACUUGGGGAAGGGUUCGUUGUGGACGGUGGACCCACAGUACAAACCGAAUUUGAUCCAAGCCCUGACCCGAUCGCCGUUCCACCCGUGCGCCAACCUGGACCCGACCUCGUACAUGAAACCCUCCGCCAAGUCGCAGUCGGACGAGAACAACGUGGUGCGUCUCCCCAAUCCUCAGCUGUUCCCCUAUCUGGCGAGGAAGCUGGCCUCCACGCAGAUGGACAGCGAGGAAAGCCUGGACGAAAGGGACGCCGCCGCCGUGAUGUUGAGUCUCAAGAAUGGGCCGAGGGUGAGCGACAAGAAGAUCAAGGGUGUGUGGCAGAUCAUCACGACGUCUCCCAGCCAAGACCACACAUACAGCGCCGGUGUUUCCAGCGAGGAAAACGACGACGACCGGUUAACGAAGAGCAAAACGUGCCGCAAAAUCGACUUCGAGGACGACGAAGAGCGCAGGAUAAAGGAGGGGGCGGAGACGCUGCUGAAUUUGGCGCACUCGACGAGAAAGCGCAACAAUUCCGGUAACCUGGAGGGCGGCAAGAUACCGAAACUCUCCCAUUACGUCGACGUUAACGAAAACGAGGCGGAGGAGAAGCACGCUCCCUUCAAACCUAGAUUGCUACGUACGAAAGGGAGGUCGACAAACAAUAACAACAACAACAAAAUAUUGUCGAACAACAACAACAACGACGAAUGGUCGAAACACCGGCGCGAAUUAGAAAUAUGCCAGAACAGGUAAUAUUCAAGAAAAGUCUUAAACAACAAGUAAAUGCAAACCUAGCGAAUUAACAAAAAACAUUAGUUACGUUGAUAUAAUAUAUAUAUACUUGAGCUGUUAUUAUUAUAUUCUAAUAUAUUUUAUGUUUUCGUUUAUAUAUAGAAAAAAUACCUAUGAAUUGAAAAAAUGUACAUCUAAGGAUUGUUUUUUUACUCUUACUGACUGAAAAUUAUUUAUUGAGUCUUCUACAUAACUUUAAUAUCUUGUAAAUAAGUUUGAAUGCAAUUUUUUUAUAUAUACACGGUUUUGGAAUUGGUGCUCCGAGUCAAACACCAAACUUAUUAUUUACCUAACUGAGCGGAGCCACACAUUUCAAAACGCAAAUUAUUGUAAAUAAUUAAAAUAUUUAUUUGUAUAAUUUCCAGUCAUCUACAUUGUUAUAGUUUGUUACAAUUAAUUGAUUUAAGUAUAAUCGUUACCAAUUUUUUCGUUAACUCUUAAGCUGACUAAAAAUCCCUUACAUUACUCCCUAACGCUAUAAUUUCGAUGUGAUUGCACGAGCGACAAUCAAUUUCUCGUUGAAAACGCACUAAAUAAUGUUGUUUACGUGUAGAUAUAAUAAUAGCUGUUUUAAAUGGACCAGUAGCUGCUUAAUUAUGAUUUGAAACGGGCGGAACUUUGAGGCGCGUUAUGUAAUAGGUUUUGCUCAAUUUAAUGUUGUCCUCAGAUCUCAAAGUUCCGUCGCGUUUAUUCGGGUAGUACUACAAGUAAUGUAAAGGUUUUUUCUAUUAUAUACUAUAUAAAUAUACAAUUAAGGUGUGCUCUUGUUUAGGUUGCCAUUUUCGUUGUUUUCUUAUUUUCUAAUGUGUAGAGUGAAGUGACAAGAGUGCACUAUUCAAAAUUUUAUUGUAAAAAAUUUAAGAUGAAACUUUUGAAAUGGUUAGCAAUAAAUUCGGGGGUAGAUUGUUGAAAGGGUGGACAAAAACAAAAAUGUCUUGAGGUUGUAGAAGAGUAGUUCGAACUGAUAUAUUUUUUCUAUUUCUCGUGAUAUACAUGUAUAUUAUACAUAUAUGGAAUGUGCUCUUCCUAUUUUAAAAGAUAAUUGUCGAUAGAUUUUUCUAUGUUCUAACUUAGCGGUUGGAAGUCUCAAAUUCGAUGGAAUACAAGGACCAAAAUAGUCAUCCAAAAUAAAAACACAUCAAAUUGAAUGGCCACUAUUAUCCCAGUGAAACCGCCGGUGAGUUUUGAGACUUCCAACAAACAUAUCGAUGAACCCAAUUGAAAAGCAAUAAUAGUUUUUAAAAUGUAGUGUGAUUUCCGUUCCCAUGAUUUCGCCAGCAGAAUUUAGUAUGCGGUGAAACUUGUGCCGCGCUUGGGAUUAAUUUCGCGGACAUGAUCAUUCUCUGUGCCAAACUAAAUUUAUAGUUUUUAUCUUGAUUUUUGAGUUUGUUGAAUUUUUUGGCCUCUGUCUUCCAAUUUUAUAAGUACUCAAAUGCUGACAAAGAUGUUCUAAAUUUAAGGGAUUUUACUAGUUCGAUAGGUAUAUUAUUAUUAUUAUUACUAUUAUUAUUAUUACGACUUUUACGGAAGAUGUUUUUUCGAGGACUACAUGAAAUUUUAAAUAGCUACGAUGUUAAUUGCAAUCUAUAUGUGCUGUAUUUAGUUUUUAUUGUUUUUAAAGAUGUUAUUUAUAUGUAUAAAUAUUAAACAAUAAAUUUGUUAUUGUAAAAAAUAAACGGAAAUAAAACAAUUA